AUGGAUUCGAGGCCUAUUGUAAAUGCUCCCGGGGGAAGAGUCUCGGUAAAGAUAGGAAACUGCGAGAGAAUAUCGUGGAACGUAAGUUCCUCCUUGAAGAGUACCGGCGGUACCGUUGGAACCUCGCCAACGAAUUCCACGCUCGACGUGGAACUCGCUGGUGAAGGGGGAGUUUGUGGGCGAGGUGGCGACGGAACGCGAAGCGUCGAGGCUCGCGAAAGUGAGGGAGAGGAGACAGGUGAUGAAAUGCGAGACGUUGAGACUCGCGAGGGAAGGGAAGGGGAUGUUCGGCGGAAAACGGGGGAUGCAGUGCGAAGCGUUGAGUCUCGCGGCGGAAAUUCGGGGGACGAUCCUAGCCUGCUGGAACACACUCGAAUUAAAAAACAUUCGAUUCGAGAACUUGUUCACUGGGAAGGUUCCGCGAUGAGAAUUUUGAAUGGCAGAAACUUUGCAGUUCCAGAGAUUGGAGAGCAUAGGAUGGUUGCAGUGCACAGAGAAGUUGCAAUGCACAGAGAAAAUACAAUAUCGACCUGGAAGAAAUGGGGACCUGGAGAUAGCGGACCUGGCGGUCGUAUCAGUGGCUCAGUUUGCGGAUUGGAUCCAAAAUUUUGUGAUGCUCCAGCAAGCAUCGCACCUUACGAAUGGCCAGAUGACAUCACCAAAUGGCCAAUCUGUCGGAAAACGAAUCCCUUUAAUCAACGCUUCAGUAAAAACGGAGGUCAACGAGGCAAUGCCAACUUUCCCAUUGGCCGUUACAAAGAUAAAAUGGCGGAGCAUAUGGUAUGCGAGGUGAUUGGUCAUCCAUGUUGUAUCGGAAUUCAUGGAAUGUGUCGUAUCACCACAAAGGAAUACUGUGAUUUCGUCCAUGGUUAUUUUCAUGAGGAAGCUUCCUUGUGCUCUCAGGUGGAAUGUUUGCACGAUGUUUGCGGAAUGAUACCAUUCCUGCAUCCGGAAUGGCCGGAUCAAUUUUAUAGACUCUUCACCACCAUUUUCCUUCAUGCCGGAAUUGUUCACUUGAUAAUUACGUUGCUGAUCCAGUAUUUCCUAAUGAGAGACUUGGAAAAACUAACAGGCUCGUUACGCAUCGCUUUAAUCUACUUUACUGGUGCUCUCGCUGGGAAUUUGGCCAGCGCAAUUUUUGUUCCUUAUAGGGCAGAGGUUGGUCCAGCUGGUGCACAUUUUGCUCUUCUUGCCACGCUGGUUGUCGAGGUGCUGCAUUGUUGGCCAAUGCUGAAGCAUCCACGUCGCGCAUUGUCCAAGUUAAUCCUGAUUCUGCUAGGGCUGCUGGUGCUGGGUAUUUUACCGUGGAUAGACAACUACGCGCAUCUAUUCGGCUUCAUCUUCGGCUUCCUGACGGCCUAUGCGCUUAUGCCGUUUAUUUCAUUUGGCCAUUAUGAUCGCAGACGAAAAAUUCUGUUGAUCUGGAUCUGUUUGAUCUUGAUUGUGGGAUUAUUCGCUCUGCUGCUUGUUCUCUUCUACAACGUGCCAGUGUACGAGUGUGAAGUAUGCAAACUGUUUAAUUGCAUACCGUUUACCCGUGACUUCUGCGCCUCUCAAAAUAUCAAUUUCAAGCGAGAAGAGUCGGUAUGACACCCGGGGCCGCGGUUCACACUCGAGCGCGAACUUGUUCCGCACGGUCCCCGACUUCUUCAUCGUUGCACGCACUAUCAGGAUAUGUCGUUACUGUUCGCUGCGCUCGUUCUAACGACGCUUUUCGUAGACUCCCGCGUCCGAAGCCGCAAUAUUGGCUGAAAUUGAAUAAAAAGAAAAGGACAUUUUCGUUUGAAGGAUAAAUUGCCAACCUUCGAAAUCAUUGAAAGCUUCAAUUAUAUGAAGUUGAAGAAAGUUGUCUGAAAGCAAUUAAAAGAGAAGCUUCUUAGAUUUUUGAGGAAACAUAGAAAAAAAA